UAAUUGUCUACAUGCAUGCAGAACUGUGUUGAAUUCUCAUCCAUCGCAAUGAGCAACAGAUUCCUGGGCACCUGGAAACUCGUCUCCAGUGAGAACUUUGAUGAUUACAUGAAAGCUCUGGGUGUGGGGUUAGCCACCAGAAAACUGGGAAACUUGGCCAAACCCCGAGUGAUCAUCAGCAAGAAAGGGGAUAUUAUAACUAUAAGAACUGAAAGUACGUUUAAAAAUACAGAGAUCUCCUUCAAGUUAGGCCAAGAGUUUGAAGAAACCACAGCUGACAACAGGAAAACAAAGAGCACUGUAACCUUGUCAAGAGGCUCAUUGAAUCAAGUGCAGAAAUGGGAUGACAAAGAGACAACAAUAAAAAGAAAGUUGGUGGAUGGGAAAAUGGUAGUGGAAUGUAAAAUGAAGGGCGUGGUCUGCACCAGAAUUUAUGAGAAGGUCUGAGAAAAUCAUUUCCUCAUUGAAGUGGCAUUUGAUCAUUUGAUGUUGGAAAUCAACGGUUUUUGUUGGCAAGGCCCAACUACACUGCAAUUUGUUUGUUUUUGCUUUUGUCUUAAUAGAUCAGAGAGGUAAAGGUCUAAACUGAGGAUUAAUCUAAAAUUCAGUGUUGUUGAAACAUUUUCGAUUUGCAUGCAUUUCCUUACUGUAUUAAAGUAUGUAUACUGGCCACACCUAAAUACUUGA